AUGUGGCGGGUGACCAUAGACAACGACACAGGUGAGGUUCUGGAGAGUGUGGAGGUGACGAACCUGGAAGAGGAUGCCCUUCAUCGACUCUUGGACAAGACCCGCAACCUGAAGACAAUCCUGUUCUACGAAAAAGGGAACAAGGGCCAGGAGGGGGAGAUCCAAGAUGAGAACGGGAGGUUGGCGGACUACUGGACCAAGAGCAUCGAUGGACGAAUAGCGCAGGCCAAGGGCGCGGCGUACGUGACGGUGACUGAUGAUUGGAGCACUGCAGGAACUGGCGAGCGACUUUUCGAGGAGACUGGGACUUCGAGCUGGGAGUUGGAAGACGCCCAGAUGAACCCGGCGGAAGCAGAGGAAGAAGAGGAGGGAGGAGAAGAUGAAGAAGGCCUUCCACCACUACCAGUGAAGACGUUGCGGUUCAUGAUGCCCUUGGUGAGCAAGAGCUCGCGGGAGGUUUUGGAGGCGAUCCAACAGAUGCACCUUGAGCUGAGGCGGGAGAAUCUCCCUUUAGCCCGACUUCACUCUGAUUGUGGGCGUGAGUUCAAGAACAAGGUGUUGGCGAGCUGGUGCCUGGCGAGGGAUAUUGCCAAGACAUCAACUGCAGGCGACGAUUACCGCCAGAAUGGCCGUGCGGAAAGGGCAAUCAGGGGGCUGAAAGAUCGGACCCGACGUCUACUUCACUCUGCUGAGAUGGGAGGAGAGUACUGGCCAUGUGCGGCUAGAUAUGCAGUGGAGAAGGAGAAGAGGAGCCGUCUGGGAAAGCCCGCCGACAUGCCGAGAUUUGGUCAGGAGGAGAAGGGUAAGAGAGAAGACUCCAAGGGACAAGCUAUAGAAGAGGAUGGAACGUUGAAGUAUGCGAGAAGGCUGGCGCAGCUUGCAGAAGAGGAGGAGAAGAACAUGCUCAAGGACGAGCCUGAGGUUGUGGAUAUCAUCGUCAAGAGCAUCCAGAGUUUGAGGGCAGAGGAGCAGACGGUCAGAGAUGAGACCCCAGAGGCAAAGCUGCACCAGAUGGACUCGCUCAUGCUGGAGAAGAAGGCGUUGACGAGACUAUCGCCGGAGGAGGCCAAGAGGCUGGUGAACUCAGACAGGAAGGUGCACGUGCUGCCGGGAAAGGCGGUGUACACCUUGAAGCCGGGUUUAGAAGCUCGGAAGAAUUGCCGGUUGGUGGUGUGUGGAAACUAUGGAGACAGCCACGAUCAGCAGGGAGGCAGUGACAGUGUUGCGAUGCGACUGGCGGUGAAGACAGCGGCGGUCAGGGAGUGGGGAGCUAAGACACUGGAUGUGAAGUGCGCCUUCCUGAAUGCCCCGCUGGCAGCUGCUGAUGAAGAAGGGGAGGUCGUCAUCGUUAUGAAGCCCCCGCAGCUGUUGGUUCGGCAGUUGGAGUCUGAACCCAACUUGUGGAAGGUCAUCUACGAAGAGGGGACAGAGGUCAUGAAGGGCCUGGUUGUCGUGUAUGUGGAUGACAUGCUGAUAUUGGCCAGCGAGUCCGAGAACUACAUCAAGGACCUCGUGGAACGGAACGGUAUCACGGGAAAGUCGGCGAUUCCGAUGUCCAAGGAUAUGGCUGAGCCGGAGGUAGAGAAUGACAUCACGGCGGAUGAAGUGCAAGCCGCCCAGAAGGUGGCCGAAGAGUUGCUAGGCCAAUGGGUGCAGAAGGUGGGCCUCCAGGCGUUCAAGUUCCUCAAUGGGACGUCGGCGGCGGGACUCACGUUCACCCCGGACACUGGCGUGGGUUGGGAUGGAGCUGAUCGGGCGGGUUUGCAGGUCUACAUGGACUCGAGCUUUGCGCCUGGAGGAGCUCUAUCGCACGGCUGCGUGAUGGUGAAGUGGCAGGACUCGGUGAUUGCGUGGAAGUCAAGCAGACAAGAAUUCCCGGCGCUGAGUACAGCCCUCAUCAACGAGAUUGAGGAGGGGGCGAACUACGUGCGAUACCUCUUCGGAGACAAUCAGGCAGCGAUUCAGCUGUGUGCAGAGAGCACGGGGGCCUGGCGCACACGUCAUCUCCGCCUACAUACCUUUCAUCUUCGAUGGAGGAUUCAAGCGGAUGAGUGGCAAGUUCGGCAUCUACCUGGAGUCGAGAUGAUCGCCGACGUGGGCACCAAGGCCUUGACAGGGGCGAAACCAAAGGAGCUCAUGAAGUUGAUGGGCAUGAAGGCGAGAGGAGAGAGAGAGGAGGACAUCGAGAGAUCGGUCCUGGCAAGAUUGGAGGUGACGGUGUUGGGAUGCUGCAUGCAAGUCCAAGGUGCAGUGGCCAUGGAGGACAAGCAUGAGGAGAACGAUGGUGGAGGAAGCUAUGACCACCUGAAGGUCUUUGGCAUGCUGGUUGCGGUGUUCACGGUCGCAGUGAUGAACUGCUGGAGUUGCUGGCGGCAAAGGCACAUGAGCGAUGGGGUGGCCCGAGGACGACAUGUGGGGCAGGGCUACACCGAGGCCUUCUUCUUCGGUGGCACAUUAGCCGAGCUCUACGGCAAAAAAACCAUCUUCGCCGACUGGCUCGGGCGAGUUGGGGGCUACAUCCAAGAGGACCACGGCAGCACCACCUACGGCAAAGGGAACGGGGAAGACGCCUAUGGAGCCGAGGGUAUCAGCGACACGGUCGACGGGAUAGAAGGAAGCCAAGACCGGGACGUGGAUUGGGUCGCGGUCACCAAGGGCUACACCAAGGGCUACAGCAAGGGAUACAACAAGGGCUGUAACAAAUCCUGGCAGGGACCGACGGCCUUGGUCGGAAGCGUCGAGGGCCGCAGGGAGCAAUCAUCAAGACACUCCCGAGCCUGA